CGGAGGUGGCCAGACGGACGCAAGCCAGGAAGAACACGCUGGGGGACGCGGGCAGGGAUGUGGCGCGGUCCAGCCCGUCGUGGCUUCGUCCUACUGCGGGCAUCCCCCAGGUUCUCAAGCCAGCUCCUCCAAUCCCCGGGGGGAACUCAGGACCUCGGUUUCCCAGCGCGGCGGGGCGGGGCGGGGACAGUGCAAGUCUCGAAGCCGCCUGCAGGGGGCGCCCGUGAGCGACGCGGCUGGAGCCUGAGCCUGAGACGCCGCGGAGACAGCGGGAGCCGGCGCGCGAGCUGCAGGUGUCUCGGGGACCGCGAAGCCGAGCUGAGCCAGGAUGCUGCCAGAGCCCCUGCAAAGGGUCUGGUUUCUGGAGACUUGGUGUUGGCUGUGAAAAAGCCCUUGGGGGUUUUCCCCUCCCAGGCAGGGACGCUCUUGGCUCCUGUGAAGAAGGGGCUCAGGGGCCUGGGCAGGGCCAGCUGCGCUGCAGCUAUGGACCGUGAGCUGGCCUGGCCCGCGUCCUUGCUGACCCUGCCUGUCUGCGGCCAUGCCCACCAUGGGCUUCUGGGUGUACAUCACGGUGGAGCUGGCCAUCGCCGUGCUGGCCAUCCUGGGCAACGUGCUGGUGUGCUGGGCCGUGUGGCUGAACAGCAACCUGCAGAACGUCACCAACUACUUUGUGGUGUCCCUGGCGGCUGCCGACAUUGCUGUGGGAGUCCUCGCCAUCCCCUUCGCCAUCACCAUCAGCACGGGGUUCUGCUCUGCCUGCCACAGCUGCCUCUUCUUCGCCUGCUUUGUCCUGGUCCUCACACAGAGCUCCAUCUUCAGCCUCCUGGCCAUCGCCAUUGACCGCUACAUCGCCAUCCGCAUCCCACUCCGGUACAAUGGCUUGGUGACCGGUGCAAGGGCCAAGGGCAUCAUUGCGGUCUGCUGGGUGCUGUCGUUUGCCAUUGGCUUGACUCCCAUGCUGGGCUGGAACAACUGUGAUCUGCCAAAGGCGGGCCAGAACCAGUCAGAGGUCUGCGGGGAGGGCCAGGUGACCUGUCUCUUCGAGGACGUGGUGCCCAUGAACUACAUGGUGUACUACAACUUCUUCGCCUGUGUCCUGGUGCCCCUGCUGCUCAUGCUGGGCGUGUACCUGCGGAUCUUCUUGGCGGCCCGACGGCAGCUGAAGCAGAUGGAGAGCCAGCCUCUGCCAGGGGAGCGGGCUCGGUCCACGUUGCAGAAGGAGGUCCACGCGGCCAAGUCGCUGGCCAUCAUCGUGGGGCUCUUCGCCCUCUGCUGGCUGCCUCUGCACAUCAUCAACUGCUUCACCUUCUUCUGCCCCGCGUGCAGCCACGCCCCGCCUGAGCUCAUGUACCUGACCAUCAUCCUCUCCCACACCAAUUCCGUUGUCAACCCCUUCAUCUACGCCUACCGCAUCCGGGAGUUCCGCCAGACCUUCCGCAAGAUCAUUCGCAGCCACAUACUCAGGCGGCGGGAGCCCUUCAAGGCGGGUGGCCCCAGUGCCCGGGCCUUGGCAGCCCAUGGCGGUGACGGAGAGCAGAUCAGCCUCCGCCUCAAUGGCCAUCCUCCCGGGGUGUGGGCCAAUGGCAGCGCCCCCCAGCCUGAGCGGCGGCCCAACGGCUACACCCUGGGGCUGGUGAGUGGAGGGAGUGCCCAUGAGGCCCAUGGGGACAUGGGGCUCCCCGAUGUAGAGCUCCUCAGCCACGAGCUCAAGGGAGCAUGCCCAGAGUCCCCCGGCCUCGAGGGUCCCCUGGCCCAGGAUGGAGCGGGCGUGUCCUGACGAUCCACUGAGUUUGCCCCUUCCUACAGGAGGGAGAUCUUUCUCUUUGGUGGAUGGAACCAGUCACAUUGGGAGAAGAGUGAAUGGGCCUGGAGACCCUUUUCAUGGCCAGUUCCCACUUUGGACUGAGAGGCGGGAGCCCUGGCUGGAGCAGCAUGAGGCCCAGCAGGAAGGGCCUGGAGUUCGAGGGAGUGGACGUUUCUUGGUGGGAGGCCCUGCUUUAGGUCAGGGCCACAGCACCAGACCAUCUUGGCUGGGCAGGGCCUGGUACCCCACUCUGGAAGCAUCUAGAAGCACCACCCCGACUUGGCAGAUCUGUGGCAGAGCAGGCUGCCUGGCCCUGAGGCUGGGGCAAGGGGGUGGGGGAGUAUGGUUCCAACAGGCCCCUGACCACACAAACAGACCACCCUCCCCAGGCUUCCCAAGGGUUCAGGAGCUGCUGUGCCCAGAGGUGGCGUUUUUCUUUUGUUGUUUUUCCAAGAGAAAAUGUUAAGUGUGAAGAAUACCUUUUUUUUUUUUUUUUUUUAAUCUUCCUUCCCUGGUUGCUGGGUCUGAUGUCAGUCCUGCUGCUGGCCUGUCUCCAGCAGUAGCCCAGGGAGUCCCAGGCAGCCCUCUCUGGUUACCAUGAGCUGCCGUGUACUUCUUACACACUCUGCCCCAGCGGCAUCUUCUGGGGCCACCAAGCUGGGCUCAAGGACAGGAGGUGUCAUGGAAUGCUGCCAGACCGUGGGCUCCAGGGAGGAGGUUGGGAUGGGCCCACUGUGCAGGGUGCCUGGGUAGCUCAGAGCUGCCCAGGCAGAGGCCCUGUCCAACGGCCUUUCUGUCUGAAGGGAAUGUUUUCUUUUUUUCUGAGAUAAAAUAAAAAUGAGCCAUUUGUGUUUUA